UUUUAAAAGACAGUUAAUGCUUUAUUUUGGUUGUGUCAGUGGUGGGAAGACAGUAUUGUAAUGUUUCUUUGAGAAUUUAUUUUCUGUAUUGUCGUUACAUUAUCUUUACGUUGACGACUUUACUAAGCCUGCUCCAGAAUCAUAAAGCUAACGUUAACUGUAUAUGGCUCUGGCUUGCACCAUAAUAUUGACAUUAGCCAGUUAGCGUAACUGUCGAGAAACGACUCAAACCAAUUCAGUAACAACGCUUACUGUAUUUAUUUCGAGGGAAUUAUUUAUUGUAGUCCAGAGUGGUAUCGAACAGGUGUAUCAGGAUGGAUAUCCGCGGGGCGGUGGAUGCUGCAGUGCCCACGAACAUCAUCGCUGCCAAGGCUGCGGAGGUCAGAGCCAACAAGGUCAACUGGCAGUCAUACCUGCAGGGCCAGAUGAUCUCUGCCGAGGACUGUGAGUUCAUUAAGAAGUUUGAAGUGGCUCAUUCUGAGGAGAAACAGACCAUCCUCACAAAUGAAGGACAUCAGUGUGCCAGGACGUUCCUGAACCUGAUGGCUCACAUCUCUAAGGAGCAGACUGUCCAGUACAUCCUCACCCUAAUUGAUGAUACCCUGCAGGAGAACCACCAGAGGGUGAACAUCUUCUUUGACUACGCCAAGAAGACAAAGAGCACUGCCUGGUCCUACUUUCUUCCCAUGCUCAACCGCCAGGACCUGUUUACCGUCCACAUGGCGGCCAGGAUCAUUGCUAAGCUAGCAGCCUGGGGUCGUGACCUGAUGGAGGGAAGUGACCUCAACUACUACUUCAACUGGAUCAAGACCCAGCUCAGCUCCCAGAAGCUUCAUGGUACAGGUCCAGACUCCAUAGGGCAUGGCACUAUAUCCCCCAGUGACAGCUCCCAGUAUGUGCAGUGUGUGGCUGGCUGCCUCCAUCUGAUGCUGAGGGUCAAUGAGUACAGAUUUGCCUGGGUGGAGGCUGACGGGGUCAACUGCAUCACGGCUGUGCUCAGUAACAAGUGUGGUUUCCAGCUGCAGUACCAGAUGGUGUUCUGUAUGUGGCUGCUGGCCUUCAGCUCUCAGCUCUGUGAGCAGCUACGUCGUUACAACGUGGUGCCGGCCCUGUCUGAUAUCCUGCAGGAGUCUAUCAAGGAGAAGGUCACGCGCAUCAUACUGGCUGCCUUCAGGAACCUGUUGGAGAAGUCAGUGGAGAGGGAGACCCAUCAGGAGUAUGCCCUGGCCAUGAUACAGUGCAAGGUUCUGAAGCAGCUGGAGAAUCUGGACCAGCAGAAGUAUGAUGACGAGGACAUCACUGAAGACCUGAAGUUCCUGCUGGAGAGUCUAGGGGAGAGCGUUCAGGACCUCAGUUCGUUUGAUGAAUACAGUUCGGAGCUGAAGUCCGGUCGCCUGGAGUGGAGCCCGGUCCACAAGUCAGAGAAGUUCUGGCGUGAGAAUGCCGUCCGCCUCAACGAGAAGAACUACGAACUCCUCAAGAUCCUAACUCGUCUGUUGGAGGUAUCUGAUGACCCUCAGGUUAUUGCUGUAGCUGCUCAUGAUGUUGGAGAAUACGUCAGACACUACCCUCGGGGGAAACGGGUGAUCGAGCAGCUUGGAGGUAAACAGCUGGUGAUGAACCACAUGCACCAUGAAGAUCAGCUGGUCCGCUACAACGCCCUGCUGGCCGUGCAGAAACUCAUGGUCCACAACUGGGAGUACCUGGGAAAGCAGCUCCAGUCAUCAGACCAGCAGCAGCAACAGGCUGUGGCCGUUAGGACCUGAACCCCUGACUACAGGCCAUGGCCGCCAGAAGCUGAACUCUAACCCCUGACCCCUGCAUGAAACCUACUGGGUGUCUGGGUCAUACAGACAUGUAGUGGGCUGUACUGUGAGUGUGUUACUGGCUGACUGAGUGUGUUACUGGCUGACUGAGUGUGUUACUGGCUGACUGAGUGUGUUAUUGGUUGACUGAGUGUGUUAUUGGUUGACUGUGUGUGUUACUGGCUGACUGUGUGUGUUACUGGCUGACUGAGUGUGUUACUGGCUGACUGAGUGUGUUACUGGCUGACUGUGUGUGUGUCGUCCAAUGAAAUUAACAGUCCAGUUUAUGUCAUGAUGAGUUAAAAUGUGUGGCUCUACUUACAUGUACAUGUCCUGUUUUCUUUUCCUCUGUUCUCUACCCUUCUGUUGUCUCCUCUGGUCUCUUCUCCUUUUCUCUGGUCUCUCUCUUCUCCUCUGGUCUCUCUCUUCUCCUCUCGUCUCCUCUGUUCUCUACCCUUCUGUUGUCUCCUCUGGUCUCCUCCUCUCUGGUCUCUCUCGUCUCCUCUGUUCUCUCUCCUCUCCUCUGGUCUCCUCUCCUCUGGUCUCCUCUCCUCUGGUCUCCUCUCUACUGACUGUAGCUUGAUUUCCUGCUUGUGGUUUAUUAAUGAUAUUAUGUGAAGUGACCUCACAGCUAAGUGAUGUCAGUGAUUUGAGUAGUACUUGAUGUUGUGAUAAAUGUAAAAUUGAUAAAGUUACUUAUGUGUUGUUAAAACGUUAUGAGUAUGCAUUCCAAUAAAGUGUAAUCUAGAAGGA